UCCGCCUGCUUGCAGAAAGUAGGAGUUAGGAGGGAAUUUCAAUAAAAAAUAAUUGUGCGGAUCCUCGAAAACAAAGAUUACGUGUAUAAACAACGGAUCUUCAUAGUUAGAAAACGAUACUAGGACAUGUAUUCAAGUAUUUAGGGAAAACAAACUAUAUUACACAUUGAAUGGUGGCUUACUGUUCAUAACAAAUAUAGUUUGAUGUUUGCAGGAACUGUUGCUGCAUGUCUUCAGUCGCUAUUAUGUUAGCUAGCUAGCCUCGAUUAAAGGUGAUCCUGAUACAGGGACCUCGGCCAUGGGCUAACCAAUGGAUGCAGAUACACGAUUAAAGAUCAUUUAUAACGGAUAACGCUGGUGAUGGAUCCAAAGAAGAGGAGGCUUGAAAGUCAGCUGUGUAAAGCUGUGAACGAUGGAGAACCGAGAUCUGUGCUGCUGUUUCUCACACAAGGUGCAUCCCCUGACCUGGUGGGCAGUAAAGGGGUGUCUGCAGUACACCUGGCUGCUGGAAAAGAGACUGAGAAGAACACACGCUGCUUGAAAAUGUUGCUGCAAUAUGGAGCAGACCCCAAUACCAGGUCACCAGAUGGCUUGACUCCUCUUCACAUUGCUGCACUGUGGGGAUGUUCUCAAAAUCUGAAGCUGCUUUUGUUCAAUGGAGGGAACCCAAAUAUUAAAGAUAAUGAAGGGAAUACACCAGGGCAGCUUGCAGAGCAGGAGGAGAAUGACAAAUGUGCCCAGCUCCUUCAGGAGUACCAGUCCAGCUCCGUCGACACAGAGGACGACGACUUGCCUCAAUUCCAAUACUCUGUGUAUUCAGACCAAACAGACGAGUCCAGCUAUCCUGAAUCAGACUACAGCUUCAGUUCCCAUUCUUCUAUGAUAAGUGAGUUUGGUGAAGCCCCAUUGAGCAGCACAAGGCGCUCAUCAUUUUUCAACCUGUCUAACUUUAAUGGAAGGCCAAAUUGCAUUGGAAUAUCACAUAAUAGACUUUCUGAUGUGGACAAUAAGAGUCUUCCCAGUCAUGACAGGAACUCUGCCUCCUCACAUUGGGCUUCUGAAGGUCCCUCCUUAUUAUCAAGCACUCGCAUGUCUACAGUGGGAACUGCAGCUGCAAUGCCGACUCUUAGGGAGGAUGAUUUAUUGACUGAAUAUGAUGUGUUCAAAUCAGAAGCAGGUGAACAUGCCCCUAAAACAGAUGGCAGAAUCUCGCCCUCCAGAAGAGACACUCUCCCAGCAUUUCCCUCCAGGCGAGCGAGCCGAAAGAGUGUGAGCUUCAGAGAUGUAGAUGAAUAUUUCCCUGUUUUUAGUCCUGAAUCUCCCAAACAGCAUCCUUGCGUUGAUGGCAACCAGUGCACCAGCAAUGUACCAUUUGACAUGUCUGAUUACUCUGACUUUCUGGAUGCAGAACGCACGGCCACUGUUCUACACACGCAGGGCAUCGACGUCACGUCACCGGAUCACGUUUAUGUUUUUAGCAGGGAGAGCAGUGAGAGCCCAGAGGAGGAAAUGGAGAAAACAGUAAUCUGUCACUGUGCUGUGGAAGAGAGUGAUGAUGAACAGAAGGGUGAAUGUGCUGAAGAGAUACAGGUGAAUAUACCAGUACAACCAGCCCAUUCAGAUGUUGGCAGCAGUAGCAGUGGGACUGGUAGUAGUAAUUAUAGUAGCUGUGAUAGCGACCAUUACACCAGUGCUCUCGAUGCUUCUUUACACCCCACACGCCUUCGACUCCACGAUAAAGAGGGGGUUUCUCCCUGGGGUGAAUCUGCCAGAAACAUUUCUACAGACAUUGAUUCUAAAAGUACAAGGCCCGGUUGUCAUCUUGCACUUGUUCAAACAGAACCUCCGAUGGAUUCAAAAUCUGAAACUAAAGAGCAUGUACCGGGACUACUUGACAAACCGGCCCUGUCUGAAUUCACAUACCCAAACAGUGAUGUGUUUGAGGCUAGUAGUGGUCCUGUUGUGGCCACUUCAUGUGAAAGUGUUGACCAGCCUGUGAAGGAAACCCAAUUGGAUGAUGCGGCUCAGGCAUCACUGGAACACGUCAACCUCCCGCUAACACCGAGCCCUUUUGUAACAGGCAGGACUCGCUCGAGGUUGAGUCGCUGCUCAAUGAGAACAAGCCAGACCCCCGACAGCCUCCUCUUCUCAUCUUCUCUAUUUGGAGAGACCCUCCCCACACCAGUACGAACGCGCCGCCAAACGCCCAGAUCUCAUAGCAGUGAGGACUUCUACAGAUCACCACACGCUCAUCUCAAUACACCAUCUUAUUCAGGGAAAUGCACAGGAGGAGACCCUUGGCCUUCUGAUUGCCGGGAACCACAAUCUAGCACCCUCAGAGAAGAUUCUAGCAGUAGCCAAGCUGACACUUUCAUCCUCCCCAGGAGCGUCGCUGAUUCAGCUUCUGAAUCGCAGACACUGUCCGACACGGUCAUGCUGGAGGAAAACCGGGACUCUUCGAUGGAUGCUUACGAAAGAAACCUUGCAGAGGUUGUACUGGCCAUGCGGGCACAUGGUCUCGCUGAAGACAGGGACUUUCUGACUGAUGAUCUGACAAGUACGGAUGAAGCAACCACAAAGAGAAAUGUAAAUAAUGCUGCUGGUGAGGACAGAGUAGACAGCGUAAAAGACGAAGAUGUGUCAGUCACUGAGGACUACAGCUCUCAGUCGGAGUCCGUUUCAUCUUCAUCCAGCUCCACCUACUUUUCCCCAAAGAGGUCCAGGGAAGAUUCUGAUCUUCCUCGCACUCCAGGCACCGGAUGCACCCCGAGGUACAGCAUGAGCCGGCUGUCGAGCUGCCGCGGGCCACAGCACCUGGCUAACCUGUCUUACACUCCUGGAGGUCGCCCGCUCAUUCAGGAUCUGGAGGAACCGGUGGAGUACCUUUACACCGAUUCAGAGCAGGGCCACGAGCUGAUCGAGACCCACGUCCCGCCGACAGCAAACACCUCACUCAGCUCCAGCAUGAGUACAAGUAGCAGCGAGGAGACCAUCCUCUAUGACUGGCGCAGAGAGAAGGAGAACCAGAAGCCGCAGAUGGAGCUGCAGGAAAAACACAACGACAGGGUGUUGCCGGACACCAAAGGGUUGACUGAUAAGGAGCUGAGGUUGAGGCUGGUGGAGAUGGGAGAGAGCCCGGGGCCUAUCAGCUGCCACACCAGGCCGACAUACAUGCGCAGGCUGCGCCACCUGAUGCAGGACUCAACCUCCCAAUCACCACAUCCGCAGAAGCAGUUAGACCAACCACAAACAGAUGUAGGUUAUAGCCCCGAAAUGCGCUGGGCCCUGCGGACCUUCGAGCUGCCUGAUUGCCAGGCUGACGAGCAGGCUCUGUGCCAGCAGUUUGAUCAGCCGGAUCAGAGCAGAAAGUGGAGGGAGGGCAUCAUCAAGUCCAGCUUCAACUACCUUCUGCUCGACCCCAGAGUGACGAAGAACCUCCCAUUCCGCAGUCACACCAUGACUCCACAGGAGUGUUUCCAGACAUUCGUCCAUGCUAUAUUUUAUGUGGGCAAAGGAAAGCGCUCCCGCCCCUACAGCCACCUGUACGAGGCUUUAGAGUACUUCAAAGGAGACAAAACAUCCAAGAAACUUUGCACCAAAGUGCAGCACAUCCUUCAGGUGUGGAAGGCAGAGCAGGGCGUCGUCUCUCUGCAUUGUUUCCAGAACGUUAUUCCAGUGGAGGCGUUCACGAGAGAGGCCUGCAUGGUGGAGGCUAUCGGGUUGAAGAUGCUCACCAAUCAGAAACGAGGGGAUUUUUAUGGCGUGGUGUCCAACUGGCAGGUGAAGAAGAAACGUGAGCUAGGCGUUCACCUGCUUUACCGGGCCAUGCAGAUCUUCCUGGCCGAGGGUGAGAGGCAGCUCAGACCGGCAGACAUCAGGCAGAAGUGACCCCCACUGGAGGGGAUGUGAACAGCAGCUGAACGCUAACAGACAAAAGGGGGUAAUGCCACUAGUUCAACACCCUUGAGCUGUUUAAUCAUUUAAUUAUCUUUCUGCUUUAAACACACUCCAUCCAUCAGCAAUAUUGUUUGUCAAACAUGGGACAUGCUUUUCUAAUAUUAACAUCAUUUACAUUUCAUCUUUUUGCAUUUUAAAGUGUUUCAUGAAAGAUUCAACUUAAAAAAUAUGUCCCAAAUGAUACCCAAUUCAAUGUUUGAUAAAUUCCCUAACUUCACUUUUAAUCUGCCCACCUUUGAUACAAAUGAAUUAAAAAUAAUAUUUCAUUAAAAAACGUAAGGGUUCCAUAAUAUUUAUGGAUGAAUGAACAUAAUGCCUUCAAAAUAUUUACAAAAGAACCCUGGUUUGCUUUAAAAACUGUAUCCUGGUACAUUUUAGCAGAAGCAUGAUUUCAUGGAUUAUUAAAAAAUGGAAGUGUUCCAUUUUUAAAAACACAAUGUCCUAAAAUGUGAUAUAAUGUGUUUACAUGGUUGGGUCCCAUUGUAUUUUGUUGUGCUGUCUUUUUUUAUAAAUUGUUAAAAAAUGCAUUGCUGGCAUUCUGAUAUGAUUUGUGUCCAAUUGAAAGAGUAAUUGUAAGUGUGUAGAUUACAAUGUAUAGAUCAUUACACUGUUUAUUGAUUAUUCGUGAACUUUCAGAUUUUACAGCUGUGUCUCUGUGUAACAUAAUUUUGUUAAUUAAUCAAAAAAAUGUUUCUUGAAAAUGUGUUAGACAAUUUCCUCUCAUGGUCUACAUCUGUAUGUCCAGGCAGCUUUAAAACCAUUAUCCCCUCAGGUUAAUACAUGAGUAAAUAUCUGGAAGCUGAAUGUAUAUAUUUGUUAUUGUUUUUUUACACAAAAAUCACUACUAACUAUUAAUAACAAUUUUGUAUUUUAGAACUCUAAUUUUCAAGCCCAAAUACCCAGGUUGAAGAACUCAUCAGAUCACCAAGGGAGUGAAACCCCUGACAUGUGGCAUUUACUUUUAAUUAUGAAAUUAAUGUAGUGAAACUAAUAACUAUGAUAAUUAAGCUAUAAAACCAUGAAUAGCACAAUGAUUAGGACGGUAUCCAGUUUUCUUCUUUGUAAAAAAAUAAAGCACCUUCAUUGUU